AUGGCGGAGCUGCCCAGUCCCGUGCGAGGGGCGACGGUGGCGGCGGCGCCGCCGCCUUUGCCGCCCUCGGCUCUGGCCGUCGACGCCCGCGUCUCCCCGCGCGGGCUCCAGCCGCCGGCCGCCAAGCGCCUCAAGGGGGACGAGCGCGCCUUCAAGGCGGCCAAGCGCCUCAACGGCGAGGGCCACAGGCAGCCGCCGCCUCCGCCGCCUCACAUCCCCGUGGCGUCUUCCCCGGCAGGCCCCGCCGUGUGGAGCCUGGCCGCCUUCUCCUCAGGCGGUGGAAGCGGCGGCGGCGGCCCGGCGAGCGGCGGCUCCUUCGUCUUCCAGCCCCAGCUGCCCGCCAAGUUGCUCCUGCCGCCGCCGCCGCCGCCGCCCCUCUGCCUGGCCGGCGUGGAAGGGCCCGGCGGGGCCAAGAGCAAGCGGCCCAAGGAGAAGCGCGAGAAGGAGAGGCGGAGAGCCGGGGCCCUGGCCGGCACCGCGGCGUCCCCGGGAAGCGGCCGGGAGGAGAACGGCGGCGACCUGAAGAUGCUCCUCCAGCAGCAGCAGCAGCAGCAGCAGCGCCACCAUCGGCACCACCAUCGCCCGGGAG